GUGCUUCCGCUCGGGGAAAGACCGCUUCCGGUGCUUCCGUCGCUCCUUGCCGGGCAUAAUGGCCGCGCAGCGACCCCUGCGGGUCCUGUGCCUGGCGGGCUUCCGGCAGAGCGAGCGGGGCUUCCGUGAGAAGACCGGGGCGCUGAGGAAGGCGCUGCGGGGCCGCGCCGAGCUCGUGUGCCUCAGCGGCCCGCACCCGGUCCCCGACCCCCUGGGCCCUGAGGGCGCCAGAUCAGACUUCGGGUCCUGCCCUCCAGAGGAGCAGCCUCGAGGCUGGUGGUUUUCAGAGCAGGAGGCCGACGUUUUCUUCGCAUUGGAAGAGCCCGCCGUAUGCAGGGGCCUGGAGGAAUCACUGGGGAUGGUGGCACAGGCACUGAACAGGCUGGGGCCUUUUGACGGCCUUCUUGGUUUCAGCCAAGGGGCUGCGCUAGCAGCCCUUGUGUGUGCCCUGGGCCAGGCAGGCGAUCCCCGCUUCCCCUUGCCACGGUUUAUCAUCUUGGUGUCUGGUUUCUGUCCCCGGGGCAUUGGGUUCAAGGAAUCCAUCCUGCAAAGGCCCUUGUCAUUGCCUUCGCUGCAUGUUUUUGGGGACGCUGACAAAGUCAUCCCCUCUCAGGAGAGUAUGCAACUGGCCAGCCGAUUUCCCGGAGCCAUCACCCUCACCCACUCUGGUGGCCACUUCAUUCCAGCAGCUGCACCCCAGCGUCAGGCCUACCUCAAGUUCUUGGACCAGUUUGCAGAGUAAAAGAUCAAGAAAUGUCUCUGCUCCUACAUCCAGCCCCUCUUGGGGUAGCCUCCGUCAUCCGUGCUCUCCCAGGACUCUGCACUCACUGCUGUGAGUGCGCCUCACCAGGACCAGUUAAGAGACAACCACCAAUUCUUGAGACCCAAAUUAUAUGGGCCCUGCCCUGUAUUGAAGAAAAGGGGAGCACAAGGCCUUAAUGGACAUUGACUUGUGAAAACUCAAACAUGAAUAAGGUUGGAGAGCCCUGGAUUAGGGUGACAUGGGGAAGGCAGAGGCUGGCACCAUGGUGACUGCCACAUAAUAAAGUGGUGAUUGGGA